AUGCUCCACCGCCUCUUCAAGUUACUAAAAUUGAAAGAAACGGAGUUCACCUCAUGCAUCGUCGAUUCCCUAUCUGCUUUACUUCUCACCCGUAUAUCUUCGAUCCUCUCAUCCAAUUACACACCACUUUUGAAGGAUGACCCAAUCUAUUGUUCAUAUUACUGCUGCUCCACCCCAGCCUCCCACCGCCAUCGACUGCAAAUCGAUUUCCUCAUUUCUUCGUUCUGUCGCCGAAAAUCGGUCUUUCUUAACAGAUCUGAUGGCCGAUGUAUCUCAGUUUUCUCUGAAAUUGAUGUUACAAAGUCGGUAAACGGAGAAGGGACUGAAAUCAAUGCUCUGUUACGAACCAUCGGUGGGUAUUUUACCCGCGAUGAAAUCGAUGUUUCUGGCCAUGUGGUCGACAACACCGACGAUUUCGAAGAGGUCACAACAUGUGGAGAUCGAAUACGGCCAAAUAUGUUCAGAUGGAUAUGGAGACCCCGACGAUGAACAUCUUCAAAGAUUGCAUUAGUUAUGUGCCUGUUUCCAUCAACGAUUGAUUGGAUAUGUGGUCAUUUGGGUCACUGGACAAGAUUUACUGAGCCAGUAGGGGGGAGGCUAUCAUAUAAACCUCCCAUUUAUGACAUCAAUGAUCCAGAUCUGUAUAUUCCAUUAACGGGUUUUUGAAGAUAUGUUGUUCUUGCUUCGCAGUGAGACUUCAAAAAAAAGUCAUUUAUUUCAAUUUUAUGGAUCAUUUGUCCAUCAUCUUUUCUACAAGUACAAAAUCCUCAAGAACCACCGAUAAUGCAAUCAUGCCCAUCAAUUCAUUAGCUUAAAGAGCUACCUUCUUUAUGGGAGAAUCCAUUAUCAACCACCACUUCUUGGAAGCCAUGUGCUGAAAGACGCAUUGGUGCAAUUUCAGAUGUUCCCGAGUUAAAUGAAAAUGCAACUCUUAUUCUGCCAGUGUUAAAACACGACCAGCUUUGGAAAGACCAUACGUGAGUUAUAUAUUUAUUAUUUAGCCUGUUCUUGAUUCCCAUGUUUGCUUAUGAAUUUAACAUUUUUCCUUUUUAUGAAAUUUGAGGACAUAUUUGACUUGGAUCAUUUCAUUGACUACUUUAAUGAUGAAGUCCAAAUUAUGUGUGAUAUUCCAUCAUGGUUCACUGAUAAAUCGGAGCUAUUCACAACCAUAAGGUUGAACAAAUAUAAAAAAGAGAACCUUUAAUAUUUUAUGCAUUUAUUACAUAGUUUGCUAAAAAAAUUGUAUGCACCAACACAAUUGUCUUGCAGUUACCUUCAUGUAUGGAAGAUGUUGUAACA